AUGUCUAAUUUUUUGGAAGUGGAUUCAAAGAUUUUGGAAAAUAACCUCUUACUCUGUGACUCCGCUCUUCAAGAUGCUAAUUUAAAAACAAUUAUAAAUUCUAACGACUUUUUCUCAACAGAAAACAAAACUUGGAAAAGUGUAACGCCGAUUCCAGGAUGCUGUGUUAAAACAUCUGAUAUUAAAAAUAAUAAAAUUUUUGUAAAUAUAUGUCAAAUAGACGAUAUUCCUCAGCCAAAAGAUAUAACAGAUGAAAAACUUUUAGAAAUAUGGCAAUCAGAGGAAAUAACUGAUUAUAGGAUACCACUGAGUAUUCAAGAACCUCAUGAUGAAUUAGAUAAAUGUAAUUAUGUUUACAUUACAGGAAAAUUGGCUGUAGCUUAUGAUGUAGCUUUAAAUUCAAAAUUUUUUAAUAAAUUUUUAAACAGUGCUAUAUUGAAAUCUUUUGUCCUGCAAGUGAUUUUUGAGGGAAUAGAAAACAAAUAUAAUUGUUCAUUAAAAAAAGAAGGGUAUGUCAUUCUUCAAAACAGAAAAUGUUAUGGAGAACUUAAACCACACAGAAUAAGAAUGAAUAAUGCACAAAAAGUGCCUCAAAAGAAUCUCAUUGAAGAAAUACCUGCAACUGUAACUCAUAAAUCAUCUAAUUUAAUGAAACAUCAACAACAAAAAGAAAUUAAAUUCAGGUUAUUUGAAAACAAACUAUUCAAGUUUAUUGUUGGAGAAUUUCAUUUGAAACCAGUUAUUUCAAUAGAAGCCAUUACAUUGGACAUAGGGGAAGACAGAUUGAUUCUCGAAGGGAAAAAUAAUGUUGGAACGCUAGACUUAUUUCUUCCAGUUAAAAUUGAUGAAACAAAAGUUUCUGCUUUUUUUAAUAAAAAAAUGAAAUUCCUUAUUGUUAUAAUGCCUAUAUUGUGUUCAUAUCAAUAA